CUUGUCUCCAUAGAUCCAUCAUCCAUGCACUGAAACUUAUCAGCGCAGCAUCAACGCAGCGCCUCCAUUUGUCGAUCGACGCUCGAUACGAUCGCGACGUGCUAGGCCAUCCAUGCACAAUAAUAUUAUUGUUUUCGAGAACAAUCAUCGAAGUGAUCAUUCUUUAAUCGACGGACCAGUUGAAGUGCAUUAGAACAUUGAGUGCUGGGAGAAAGAAGAUGAAGAUGAUGCAAUCAGGGUCAGUGGUCCUGCUGGUCCUCUUUGGAGUGAUCUUAGGGAUCAAUGCUCAGGAAAGACCACCUUUUCCUCCUCCAGAUCCAGUGUUACCAGUUGUUCCUACUCUUACAACUCCUACUGUCUACCCAGGACAAUACAUAAUUCUUGCUGCUAACACGAUCCGCCCUGGGAUGCCUCUCACCCUGAGUGUGACCAUCUUUGAGACCCAGGGAGGUGCUCCUGUGUCUCUGGAGGCAGCUAUCAUCAGGGAUAAUGUGGUUGCGGUAUCUACCACGGCAAUCCUCCAAACGGGAACCAAUCAAGUCACCUUACAGAUUCCAGUUGCAGCCUCAGCUGCAGGAGAAUACUCCCUGCGUGUGGUGGGCACUGGUGGGUUGACUAUCAACGAAACCAGGAGUUUGUUCUUCAACAUUGAUCAUUUCUCUAUCUUUGUGCAAAGCGACAAAGCUAUCUACAAACCUGGACAGACAGUGCGCUACAGAGUUCUUGCCGUGUACCCUGACCUGAAACCUUAUGUUGGACCUUUCACAUUGACCGUCAGUGAUGCUAAGGGGAAUGUGAUUGAGCAGAUGAUGGACAAGCAACCUAAUAAGAAUGGAAUCAUCUCAGAGGAGAUGGUCAUGUCUGAUCAACCUGUCCUAGGGGACUGGACUAUCAAAGCAGAAGCAGAGGGUCAAAUCAAGGAAUACACCAUCAAGAUUGAUGAAUAUGUACUUCCCAAGUUUGAGGUGAUCAUAACAGUGCCUCCAUGGAUGGAUGCAUCACAUGACCAGGUGCAAGUCACUGUCACCGCCAAAUACACAUUUGGGAAGCCUGUGGAAGGUACUGUGUCACUUGGUGCUAAGCUAAGGUACUACAACAGAGAAAUUCAUAAACGUAUACAGGUGGAUAACAAUGGCAAAGCGGAAACAAACUUCACCUCAACUGAGCUUCUUGGAUUGAAGAGGCAAACGUACAAUCACAAUCCAACUUGGUAUAAUAAUGAGCAGCUGGUGUUCACAGCCAACAUGACGGAGACUCUGACAGGCAUUACACAGCAAGCUGAUGAAGCCGCCCUCUCCUAUCAUUCCUUCCCUAUCAAAAUAGUGUUCCAGGACUCUAUUAGUCGAUCUAACUACAAGCCAGGACUUCCAUAUCAUGUCUAUCUUAUUGUGAGCCAUCAGGACGGCACUCCUUUGACAGAAGAGGAACGUUUGAGGGGCGUUGAACUGAGGGACUGCAGAGAAAGGUGCUAUGGAGAUAAUGCAUCUUGGAAUCUACAGAGAAUCACCAUAGAACCACAGACAGGUGUUGCGGAGGCUUUCAUAGCAUCACGCAGUAGUGACUUCUCCAUUCAACUUUCGGCUGAAUACAAAGGAGUCAUCCCUAAAAGGUUCACCUUUCCUGGGUAUUCUCGCAAUGGCAUUGCAGUGCCUCUCCCUGCUGGCACAUACAUCACUGCUGAAACCAAGUAUCUGGACAAGGCUGCUUCUGAUAGCAAUACUUACAUCCAAGUUAGUCCAGACAAUGCAGAGGCACUGAUGAUUGGUUCAACAGCAUCCUUCACAGUGCAGUCUACCAUGGCUCCAGGAAAGUUCACCUAUCAGAUCGUAUCUCGAGGAAACAUCUUGGAAUCCGAGACCAUUUCUGGUGUUACAGGGACAGAGUACGUCAUCACUAAACAGAUCACAGCUGACAUGUCCCCCAAGAGCAAACUCAUUGUAUACUUCCUGACUGAUGCCGGAGAAGUGGUCCUUGACAGUCUGGAGUUUGUGGUCAAUGUGGUCUUUGCUAACCCGGUUACAGCCAGCUUUAGCAAGAUAGAAGCAGAGCCCGGGACCAGCGUAAGCUUUGAUGUAGACACCACGCCUGGAGCCUUUGUAGGAGUACUAGCCAUUGAUAAGAGUGUCUUACUCCUGACUGAUGGCAAUGAUAUUACUCAUAACCAGGUCUUGGAGUCAGUGGGGCGAUUUGAUACGACGGCAGAUGGUUCAGGGGGCUUCAAUCCUUUCUUUGACUUUGCAUUCUGCUUCUUCCCAUAUCCCACCAACGGCAACAACGCAGGAAGUAUCCUGAAGAAUGCAGGCAUCAUUUAUAUAACAGAUGGAAAUGUUGUCUAUGUAGAAGAACCUUGGUUCAGACAAGAAUUUUUCCCUGUCGCAGCGGCUGGCGCCGGGUUCGGUGGUGCAAGAGCUGAUAUGGUUCCUAAUGCAGGUGCCGGCAGACAGAAUGAGGCCGGUGUUGUACCUGAGAAAAAGAUCCGUAAAGAGUUCCCAGAGACUUGGUUGUGGGUUGAUACGGAAGCAGAUUCUGCUGGCCAUGUUUCAAUCCAGACCAACUUCCCUGAUACAAUCACAUCUUGGGUAGGAACAGCUAUUUCUAUGGAUGCUCAAGCUGGACUUGGAGUAACACAGAAUGCUGCCAAAGCUACUGUUUUCAAGAACUUCUUUGUGUCAUUGAACCUACCAUACUCUGUGAUCCGUGGUGAGAAAUUUGUUUUAGAGGCCAACGUGUUCAACUACCUCAAGCAAGAUGUCCGUGCCACUGUACAGCUUCAAUCAUCCUUGGACUAUUACAUAAUCCAAGGUGACCAGCAAAUGUCAACACCAGUGUCUAAGACUGUGACUGUACCUUCCAAUAAGACUGCUACAGUAAACUUUGCGAUAGAACCUACCAAGAAUGGUAUGAUUGAACUGGUCGUCACAGCAACAGCUGGAGGUGAGCAGGAUGGUGUCCGUCGUCUCUUGUUGGUUGAGCCAGAAGGUGUUGCUCAGGAGUAUGUGGUUUCUGACCUGGUAGACUUCUCUAACGCUGCAGCUUAUUCCAAGACAUUCAGCAUUAAUCUACCAACACAAGAUCUUGUUCCUGACUCGGUCAGGGCUGUGAUCACUGCUACAGGUGACAUCCUUGGGCCGACUAUGAAUAAUUUGGACCAGCUGCUGCGUAUGCCGAGUGGAUGCGGAGAACAGACAAUGAUUGGCUUUGCUCCUGAUGUCUUCAUCUACAAGUAUCUCACCGAGACUGGUCAGGGAAACCCAACUAUUGAACAGAAAGCACUCAACUACAUGAAGAAGGGUUACCAGCGUGAGUUGACCUAUCAGCACGAGGAUGGAUCGUUCAGUGCUUGGGGAGGGGGAAGCGGUGAUGAUGGAAGCACGUUCUUGACUGCCUUUGUAGUGCGCUCCUUCCUGCAGGCAGCCCCCUAUAUCUACAUUGAUCCUGCCAAGAUGAACCAGGCUAUUACAUUCCUUAUCAAUCAUCAGAAUGACAAUGGGUCCUUCAUGAAGUCUGGACGCAUCGUUGACCAGAUCAUUGACGGUGGUAUCUCUUCAGCUGAGACUCUGACGGCAUACUGUGCCAUCGCUAUGGACCAAGUCCGGACAUCGGACAUUCUUUCUGAUACCACCAAGUCCACUGCCAACACAGCAUUGACCAAUGCUAUGAAUUACCUUGUAAGCAGGUACACAGUCAUCCAAGAAGAUAAGUAUGCCAUGGCCAUCGUGACCUACGCCCUCGCUCUCGGUGGAAGCCCGAGCACUCCGCAGUUCCUGACCAGGCUGAAUGAGCUCCAGACAGUUGAAGAUGAGGGCAGACUGAAGUACUGGACAGACCAAGAUGAGCAGACGACACCGGCAAGCGACGAGUUCUACUACCGUGUGUGGCGUGGACCUCCCUCUGCAGCCAUUGAGAUGACGGGGUACGGUAUGCUGGCCUACUUGGCGCGGAAUGAUGUUGUCGGCAGCAUUCCUGUAGCUGGGUGGCUCAGUCAACAAAGGAACUCUCUCGGAGGAUAUUCUUCCACACAGGACACAGUUAUUGCUCUCCUGGCUCUGACGACCUACGCAGAGAGGCUUACUGGAGGUGAUAAGAAUAUGAAUCUGGCCAUCACCACCACAGCUGAUCCUGCGUACAACCAAGCAUUCUCCAUCAACACCCAGAACUCUAUCAUCCUCCAACAGUUUGAGUUGCCUGUGGAUUCAGGAAACGUGACAGUAGAAGGAAGAGGGAUUGGAUCAUUCCUUCUCUCCUUCAUCCUCCAUUACAACAUGCUUGAAGUGAGGAGCAGUGACGUCUUUGAUGUGACCAUUACCAUACUGGGCUCAGAUACAAACAGCCUGGAGCUAAGAGCAUGUGGCAGGUACACUGGUAAUGGUGAAGGGACCGGUAUGUCCAUCAUGGACAUUGGUAUCCCAUCAGGUUUCUACGUGGAGGAAGAUCCCUUACUUGAAGCCAUCAAAACCCAUGAGUUUGCUACCAAGCAUGAGAUCACAGGAAAGAGUGUUGUCAUCUACCUUAAUGAGAUCCCCAGCAUGAUGGAAACAUGCAUCAACAUCCAAGCUCGUCGCUCAAACACAGUAGCUGCUACCAAACCUAGCAUAGUCAAGGUCUACCGCUACUACACACCGGAGGAGCAGUCGGUUCAAUCGUACUCUGCAUCAGCCCUUAGUGCUACUGACAUCUGUACCAUGUGUCCUGACUGCUGCAAUGAUGGUGGUGGUAGCGGUGGUGCUGUCCCCUCAACGGCCACCUCUACACUCCUUCUCCUCACACUGACAAUCUUCUCAAUCGUAGGGGCGCUUGUUAUGUAAUACAUCAUCCUCUCUGCAACCACUCCCGCAGUUCUUUGUCUGUACUGUGGGGGAAGGGGUGCGUUCCUCUGGUGGCAAGUGGAUCCAGGGAUAGUCGUCCCCCCAAAAUACAUCCACUGUCUAAUCCAAGUCACAAUGAAUUGUACAGUUAAUUUGAUUGAUAAAGGUAAUUGAAAAAACUCUCAAAACAUGAUUAUACUGUCACUGAAAAAACCUGUUUCGCAAAAAGCACAACUUUCUUUAAGGAGCAAUUUUUUGUUGUGGACUUAUACAGACAUUCCUGUUAACUCUUUUGGUUACACUAUCUGUACGCUUUACAGCAAUAAAUGAAAACUGUAUUGCAUGAUACAGCCAUGGUUUCAUUUCACUUGUUGCCGUUUAGAAUGGGAGAAAAUGUACUGCUACAUACAAGUAGAGUGGGAGGACCAAAUAUAUUAUUGUUUCAUUUUAAUUAAAAUGGCUGAAAUAUGUUCAAACAGAUGCCAAAUUAUGUGUUAAGUAUGCCGUACAUAUGCAGGUUGAUUCUUUGAUUGUUUGAGCAUGCUGAACAUUGGUCCCUGAAAAUGUACAACGAACACAUACUGUCUGCUAUUUAAAAAAAAUCACUGCCCCUAUUUGGGUUUUUAAAAAUAGAACUGCUGUUUCUGAAAUGUUAUACCUUCACAUUUUUUUCAGUGAACUAGGCAGUUAAUGCUUGUUUUUCGACUUGAAAUUGGAAAUUACUUCAUGAAUUUUCACAUCUGAUAUCUUGAAUCCCUUUUUUGGUACCAAAAUGAAAAGGGAGACGGGGCCUUCAUCCUAAAUUUGUAUCAUCAAAUCUUUUGAUAUAAAUUUGUAAAGUGAUGGCACAUUUAGCUGUCAAUUUUAAUCAUUUUUUUGGUCUCUGUUUACAGGGUAUGUAACCUUUUAGCUCCUUACCUCCUAACAAGCAGUAAUUCAAACGGCUUUCAUACAGAUGGGGUUUGAUCAACCUGUAUCAUGAACUUUCUAACAAGUUUAAGAAAUAUUCCUGCAUUGUCUGGUAUUUUAUGUACCAAUAUGUCUAAUAUUUACCGCUACUUGCAGCUUUUUAAUUUUCACUUGUACAUAUGAGGCUCAGAUUUACUAGAAAUAAAUGAAUACAUAUAUAGUAAGAAGAUGAAGUGUAAAAGGAAAAUCUAUUUUUAUGUGGUGGUGGAUAUGUUUGAAUGUUGACAUGAUAUAAUUGUCACAUCCUUUGAUAUAUUGAGAUGGUAUUUGAAUCAUUACUGGUGCAAAUAUGUAAAUUUAUGCAUAAUAGUAUAUUGCUUAUUCAUGCUGUUUUACGUUUUCAAUUUGUAUAAUUGGCACAUGUACAUUUAGGCAUUUAUAGAGCACACAUUUAAAGUGUAUCAAUCACCAAAACAUUAGUGAUGUUGAUUUUGUCUUCUGUCUGUUGAUUGUUUUUCAUGUUGAAAGUACAUUAGUGAAGUUGUAAGCUAGUAAUUCAUGUCUAACAUUCAGGUUCAAUUCAAUUCAAUUCAUUUUAUUCAUUUCCAUUUUCAAUAAAAAACAAUACAAAGAUAUAUACAAUGAUAAGCAUUUGCAAUAUAUAAGAAAAUGAAAAUAGGAAACUAAAAAAUAAGGCCAAAUUGCCUUGUGGAGGCAUAGUUCCCCGAACAGCAGUUAAGAGAUUUACAUAUACAAAACUCUUAUAUGGUGAUUUUUUUUGGUCAAAUUCUCUUAUUGCUGUCUGAAGGCUUGUUAAGAUAUGGUGGGAUAAAGUACCGCAAAAAAGCUGUUGCGUUUUUUUUUUUUACGUGUGAAUGAAUGACAACUGUGCUAAAUCAUGUUUUACCAAAUCUAAUCAUUUAUAAAUCUUUUUCAUAACUUUGUCUUUCAUAUAACAGUGAUGAAUACAGUGAACAAAAUUUGUAUGUUUGUAUUGCCUUGUUUUGAGGACUUUCAGGUGUUAUUGGCAUGAUGUUGCAAUUUGUAAUUUUUGUAAUUGUGUACACUUAUCUGCUUGUAGUUUUCAUAUCUGCAAUUUUUCCUAGAUGUUUCGUUAUUACAGACAUCAUGAAAUGUGUUGAGCUAUUAUCCUUAUAUUAUUUUAAAAGCUUAAUAAAUUUUUAAGAUAAAAUAUAUUGAAACUUUGAGCACAACAAAUAGAAAAAUCAGAGGUUAUCUAAGUGUAAUGUCAACUAGUUGUAUAAUAAUGAUAAUAAUGACAUUCCGCUUUUAUAUAACGCCCAAUACAUUGAUCCAACGAUCAUACACUUUAUACAUUUGAAAGGUGACAGAAUUAUUGAUCAAAUUCAGGAAUUAAAAUGCUUAAAGUUUCACAAGAGAGAUUAACAUAAAUACAGGGUGAAAGAUCAAUAAUUGGUUAGACGGGUAGAAAACACUCCUUUCUAUCACAAGGGAUCCAUGCUCAAGGAAAACACAAAGUGCUCUGAAACAUUUGGAAUUCAUGAAACAUUGGAGAUGAGUGGAAAAAAUGGGAUGAACUUUGGUUUGUUUUUCUCUUUUGAAAAUAUAUCAGAACAUCUACGCAGUGUUCACUUCAGUGUAUCAGUCACGCACCUUAAUGGCCAGUUCAUAGGAAGAAUAAUUAUAUAUGUAUCAUUAAUCUGUUAUUAAUUUUGUUUUGAUAUGAAGAUGCUAUUCUAAAUUUAUAUUUUUGCAGACCUUUUAUCUGAGCUCAUAUAGUCGCCUUUUAGUCAAUACAAAUAAAUGUUGAAGUAAAAUUCA